AAAGUUGCCUUUCACAUGCUAAUUCGGGGUUAUAAAUACAGCCGAGGAGCAGCGGAGCAGCAAAGAGCCCAUCUGGAAAGGGAGCGAGCCACUGCCCGAGCGCCUCCUUCCCGUCCCGUCCCGUCCCGUCCCGUCCCGUCCCGUCCCGUCCCGUCCUGUCCUGCCGGAGCCGGGCCGGCUGCCUGCAUUAGGAUGACGGCCGCGGCCACCGCCGGCACGCACAAGGUCGCCAGCACCAAGGAGGAGAGGAAGUUAAGGAAACCCCUCAUUGAGCGGAAGCGAAGGGAAAGGAUUAAUAACUGCUUAGACCAGCUAAAGGAGACUGUUGUGGGUGCAUUUCACCUGGAUCAGUCUAAACUGGAAAAAGCAGACAUCCUGGAAAUGACCGUGAAGCACCUCCAGAACAUCCAGAGCAGCAAGAUGAUGGCUGACUCCAAAGUGGGUCUGGAAGCCCAGCAGAGGUACAGCACUGGGUACAUCCAGUGCAUGCACGAGGUGCACAACCUCCUGCUCACCUGCGAGUGGAUGGACAAGACCCUCGGGGCACGCCUCUUAAACCACCUGCUGAAAUCCUUGCCCAGGUCUGGUGAAGACACCUGCAAAGCAGCACUGAGGUCUUUGAGCCCGGCUCAGCAGCCUCUCUUGACACAGAAAAGUCCCCUGAGCCCUAAGGGCAGCACUCGAGGGACAAACCCAUCACAGGAGCGCCUGUACCCUGCGGAGAACAAGCAAGCUUCCAAAAAUUCUUUCCAGCUGCCCUUGCUGUCAGUUUUCAACCAGGUUGAUGCUGCACCUCCCAGACAGGUUCUGCAGCCGAAUUUUUCCCAUAACAACCCUAGAAUGGGGUCAUUAGAUAUGUGGAGACCAUGGUAAAGUGUGUUUUCAAUUUUUGUCCUAACCUUAGACACUCUUAAGUAUGUAUCUUAUAGAUAUGUUUCUUUAAAACACUUGUGGAGCAAAUCUGUUCCUGUAGGUGUACUAAAGACCAGGGUACUUCAAGCAGAAGUAAACCUAUGUGUAGCCUGCAUUGUAGAAGGCUGCUAUUAUUUUUUAUUUAUUUAAUACAUCUAAAUUAUUGUAUAGAAUCUUCUCAUGCUCUUUAGUGUAUAAUAAUUAAAUCGUUUUCUUGUCUUACAUUCUAAAAUAAUUAACUUUCUAUUAAUAAAAAUACAAGACAACAAGCAGCAACCCUCUCUGGCAUCAAAUUUACCUUUCAGAU